GCGCGAGCCGGUUCCCGCGCGCGCCGGCCGGUCCCUGCCCCUGCGGCCCGCGGGCCAUGGCCGGGUUCGAGCCGGGCUCCCUGCCCGACCUGCUGCCGCUCUACUACCGCCGCCUCUUCCCCCACGGGCCCUACGGGCGCUGGCUCAGCUACGGCGGGGUGGUGAAGAAUUACUUCCAGCGGCGGGAGUUCUCCUUCACGCUGCGCGAUGACAUCUACGUGCGGUACCAGUCCUUCAACAGCCCCCAGGAGCUGGAGAAAGAGAUGCAGAAAAUGAACCCCUAUAAGAUCGACGUGGGAGCCGUGUAUUCGCAUCGACCAAGCCAGUGCAACACCGUGCACCGGGGCGCCUUCCAGGCUCAGGAGAAGGAGCUGGUGUUCGAUAUAGACAUGACGGAUUACGACGACGUCCGGAGCUGCUGCAGCUCCGCUGAGAUCUGCUCCAAGUGCUGGACCCUUAUGACCAUCGCGAUCCGGGUCAUCGACCGCGCGCUCGUGGAGGAUUUCGGGGUGAAGCACCGCCUGUGGGUGUAUUCGGGCCGGCGAGGCGUCCACUGCUGGGUGUGUGAUGACGCCGUCCGGAAGUGGUCGUCCGCCAUGCGCUCCGCGACGGUGGAGUAUCUCACCCUCGUGAAGGGCGGGUCCGAAACCGUAAAGAAGGUGAACCUGACUGACCCCAUUCACCCGUUCAUCAGCAACUCGCUGAGUCUGGUGGAGCCGUACUUCGAAGAAUACGCCCUGGUGGGCCAGGAUAUCCUGGGCAGCAACGAGAGCUGGGAGAAGGUGGUUGCCCUCGUCCCAGAGCCGGUUCGAGAGAGCCUGCUGCGGGAAUUCCCCAAAAAGCGUGAUUCGCUCCAGCGCUGGGAGCUCCUGAAAAACAAAAUGGAUAAAUGCAGGCCCUCCCACGCGGAGUCGGAGAUCAUGUUGCAGUUCUGCUUCCCCCGGCUGGAUAUCAACGUCAGCAAGGGAGUCAGCCACUUACUGAAGAGCCCGUUCAGCGUCCACCCCAAAACAGGUCGUGUUUCGGUCCCGAUCGAUUUGCAGAAGCUGGAUCAGUUUGACCCGUUCGCCGUUCCAACCAUAAGCCGCCUCUGUAGUGAACUGGACACGGCUCAUGAGGAGGAGGAGGAGGAGGAUGGAGAGAAGGAAAACGAGGCGGAGCCAGUGCCCAAGCGUCGCACCAGGGACUACAAGAAAACCAGCUUGGCUCCUUACGUGAGAGUCUUCGAACGGUUCGUGGAGGAAAUGGACAAGUCUCGCAAAGGGGAGCUUCUCAGGAAGAGCGAUUUACAAGGAGAUUUCUGAGGAUUCUGGCGUCUCCGGGGGGAAAAUCUACGUCUGGGUAACUCUGCUGAGACUGAAGCUGAUCCUUCAACCCGGGGGCAGGCAGUGGAGAUUGUGUCUAGAUUGCUGUCCUUUGCCAGCACAGAAGGAAAGAGCACCCUGUGCUCUGGGGCAAACCAUUAUUAAUGGAAGAAGCUGCCUGACAGCCCCAGAUGCAUGAGAUUGGACCAUUGUAUUCGUCAUUUCUAAGCAAUGGUUCCCCAGGCCCAGCUCUUCCAGAUUUUGACCUCGACUGACUUAUUCCAGACAUCAAAGGCUACUCCAAUUGUCCCUCUUCCUGCUUAACUGUUCCCUUCUGGCUGCAGCCUGUGUAGUCCUCUCCCUGCUGUGGGAUUUAAUUCGCAAGCUCUUUAUCUCGGAGUGUCGAAUGACUCCAGGCAGCCUGGGUCUGAUGGCCCAGUAGGAGGCGGUCUGUGCAUCCUUCUUUUGUACUUUUUUAUGCACAAAGAAAACUAUUAAAGGGUUCUGUUGAA